AUGGCAGACGUAGACCCUCACACAAACACCGGAUUCACGUCAGCGAUGGAUGAAGCUGCCGCUGCUUCCCAGCAGGAAGGGUUGGGCAGCGCGAAAACCGAACGGUCUCAAAGCACAGGCGACCCCUUCGCCAGUCAGCGGACACCUGAUAACGAUCCCUUUGCGAGGACUGCUUCUACCGAACUGUCUCCUGUUGCCACCUCUCCCUCUCCACAGCAAUCUCCCAUAGAUAGACGGAUGAGCAAAGAGUGGGGGAGGAUAAACUUCAAAAAGUAUGGCGCAAUAAAAUGUGGGGCUGACCGACCGGAUGCUUAUUCCGGGGCUUCUAUGAGCACAGACGCCUCGAAAGUCCCGCCGUCAAGAUUCCAACGAAGGGAAGGGAGUAUCUUUUCAACGUCGAGCUCAAGAGAUAGCCAUUUGAGUCGCAAGGACCGCGAUUCCGCGUUCCACGCCAAACUAAAGGAAAAGGUUAGUUGUUGA